AAAUAAAAAAACAAAGCCUAUCGUUCUCAUUUCUUCGUCCCUCUCUCUCUGGUCUAUUAGAAAUCAAAUCUCUUCUCUCUUACUCUCUGCAACCCUUUGUCUUAAAGAAGAAGAAACAAUCUCUCUCUGUAGCUUCAGUGGCUUAAAGUAUUAUACUAGCAAAUAAAGAAACCGCAAUGUUAUUCGCUUUUGUCUGUGAAGCCAUGUGACUACACUGACUCAUUCUUCACUUCUUCUUCUUCUCUUCGGUUCUGGCUUUAUAGUCCUCAACCGAGUCUCUCAUUGACUCACUGAGUCAACGCGACUCGAAUGGCCUCUUCCUCACGAGCUCGGAGCAGCUCCCCAUUUUCCUAUCGGAAACCGUCUACUCCUUACUCUUCCUCUUCUUCAGCUUCUUCUUACGUUAGCAACAGAUUAAUUCCUCGUUCCUGCUCUUCGGUUUCUUCUUCGUAUUUCAACUCGGGAGGCGGACUUGGUUCCCGAUCCAUGACUCCGAGUCGCUCUCGCUCGGACUCAAUGUGCUACGGUCAGCGCAAUUACGGCAAUCGCACUCCUGUCGGGUUUGGGACGGAGGACUUUGUUGCCGAACCGAUUGAUGCGCCGAGGAAUGGAGAUAGUAUUUCGGUGACGAUUCGGUUUAGACCGUUGAGUGAAAGAGAGUUUCAGAGAGGAGAUGAGAUCGCUUGGUAUGCUGAUGGAGAUAAAAUUGUUAGGAAUGAGUAUAAUCCAGCAACUGCUUAUGCAUUUGAUAAAGUAUUUGGACCACACACUGCCUCUCAAGAGGUCUAUGAAGUUGCUGCUAAACCAGUAGUCAAGGCUGCAAUGGAAGGUGUAAACGGAACGGUUUUUGCUUAUGGUGUCACUAGUAGUGGAAAGACACACACUAUGCAUGGAGAUCAAAAUUCUCCUGGAAUCAUACCAUUGGCCAUAAAGGAUGUUUUCAGCAUUAUCCAAGAUACUCCAGGAAGAGAGUUCUUACUACGCGUGUCUUAUCUUGAAAUUUACAAUGAGGUGAUAAAUGACUUGCUUGAUCCAACUGGUCAAAAUUUGCGUGUUAGAGAAGAUGCACAGGUGUUUUUCUUAAAAUUUGUGCUUCAGUAAUUUCUCUUGUCUUUGUCUCUGCCAUCUGAGCACACUUAUCAGUUAUCAAUAGUUUGCCAUGCUGCUCUGUCUGAGCAUACUAUGAUUGAGAGUAGUGCCCAUGGUGACGAGUAUGAUGGAGUGAUCUUUUCUCAACUUAAUUUGAUUGAUUUAGCUGGAUCUGAGAGUUCAAAAACUGAAACAACUGGACUGCGGAGAAAGGAGGGAUCUUACAUAAAUAAAAGUCUCCUAACUCUUGGAACUGUAAUUGGAAAGCUGAGUGAAGGGAAAGCAUCUCAUGUUCCUUAUCGAGAUUCCAAACUUACCCGUCUUCUGCAGUCUUCUUUGAGUGGGCAUGGACAUGUUUCACUUAUUUGUACAGUUACUCCUGCAUCUAGUAAUAUGGAGGAAACACACAACACAUUGAAGUUUGCUAGCAGGGCGAAGAGAGUUGAAAUCUAUGCUUCACGUAAUAAAAUUAUUGAUGAAAAAUCUCUAAUUAAAAAGUAUCAAAGGGAAAUAUCAAUCCUCAAGCAGGAACUUGAUCAACUAAAGCAGGGGAUAAUAGUUGGUGUCAAUCAGGAGGAGAUUCUGACCUUAAGACAAAAGUUGGAAGAAGGUCAAGUGAAGAUGCAGUCAAGAUUGGAGGAAGAAGAAGAAGCCAAGGCUGCUCUUAUGAGUCGGAUCCAGAGGUUAACCAAGCUCAUACUUGUUUCUACGAAGAAUGUGAUUCCUGGAUAUAUGGGUGACAUUCCCAGUCAUCAGCGGAGUCAUUCUUUUGGUGAAGAUGAUAAACUGGAAGUUUUGAGAGAGGGUGCUUUACUCCUAGAAAAUGAGAAUCAGAAGGACAGCUUGUCUUCUGCUUCUGUGGUUUCAUCGGAUGCAUCUCAUGAAUUUAAACACAAGAGAUCUUCCAGCAAGUGGAAUGAAGAACUCUCUCCUGUUAGCAGUACAAUUACUGAAUCAACUCAAGGUGCAUUGACACAAGAUCAGAUGGACCUUCUCGUUGAGCAGGUAAAGAUGCUUGCUGGAGAGAUUGCAUUCAGCACUAGUACCCUUAAGCGGUUGGUGGAGCAGUCUGUGAAUGAUCCGGGUAGCUCAAAAACUCAAAUCCAGAACUUGGAACGUGAGAUCCAGGAGAAAAGGAGACAAAUGAGAGUUUUAGAGCAGCACAUUAUUGAGAGUGGUGAGGCUUCAAUUUCUAAUGCAUCAAUUGUUGAUAUGCAACAGUCAGUUAUGAGAUUAAUGACUCAAUGUAAUGAGAAGGCUUUUGAGCUGGAGUUAAAGACAGCAGACAACCGUAUCCUCCAGGAACAACUGCAGAAUAAGUGUACUGAGAACAAGGAGUUGCAAGAAAAAAUAGAUCUACUGGAACAGAAGUUGGCUUCAGUCUCUAAAGAUAAACCAUCACUGGAUUCUGAACAUGUUGUGCCGGAAGAAUAUGUCGGUGAAUUAAAAAAGAAAGUUCAAUCGCAGGAGUUUGAGAAUGAAAGGCUAAAGAUAGAACAGAUACAGCUUUCAGAGGAGAACAGUGGGUUACGUGUGCAAAAUCAGAAACUGGCUGAAGAAGCUUCUUAUGCAAAGGAACUGGCAUCUGCUGCUGCAGUUGAGCUAAAGAACUUGGCUGGUGAAGUGACUAAGCUUUCAUUACAGAAUGCAAAAUUAGAAAAGGAAAUGUUGGCUGCUCGAGAGUCCAUGCAUUCUAGAGGUGCUGGCAUGCAAACCAUUAAUGGUGUUAACCGCAAGUAUAGUGAUGGCACGAGAUCAGGAAGAAGGGGACGGUUCUCUGGCAGAGCAAAUGAAAUUUCUGGAGUGCACCCUGAUGACUUCGACUCUUGGAGCCUUGAUCCAGAAGAUUUGAAGAUGGAGUUGCAGGUGAGGAAACAAAGGGAGGCAGCUCUUGAGGCCACUUUAGCUGAAAAAGAGUUUAUAGAAGAGGAAUAUAGGAAAAAGGCUGACGAGGCAAAGAAAAGGGAGGAGGCUCUGGAAAAUGAUUUGGCAAAUAUGUGGGUGCUUGUUGCUAAGUUAAAGAAAGAAGGGGGAGCUAUUCCUGAUGUGAAUACCGAUGAGAGACAAAGUGAUGGAAUAGAUUUAAGUGAACCAAAAUAUAGUGGGGAUGAUCAAAAUACUGUCCUGAAAGAAAGACAAAUUUCAGAUCCAUCAAAACCACCCGAUGAAAAUCCAAAGGAGGAGCCCCUAGUUGUUCGAUUGAAGGCACGAAUGCAAGAGAUGAAGGAAAAGGAACUAAAAAACUUGGGUAAUGGAGAUGCCAAUUCACACAUGUGUAAAGUAUGUUUUGAAUCACCGACAGCUGCAAUUCUUCUCCCUUGCCGACAUUUUUGUUUGUGUAAAUCUUGUUCAUUGGCUUGUUCAGAGUGUCCAAUUUGUCGCACAAAGAUUGCAGAUAGGCUUUUCGCGUUUCCUUCUUGACCCUGCAGUUUAUGCCCUCCAAAUGAGGGUUCAUCCACAUUGUCCUUUCCGCAAUAUUCAAUGCAAUAGCGGGUGCAAUUCUUUUAUUAGUUUGAUGUAUGUAAUUUGUGUAAAAGGUAUAUCAGUAUAUUGUUUUCGUUCUUUUUCCUUCAAGGCUGUAAAAUAAAGUUGUGAUUAAAGGUUAACCCAAAAAAAAGGAAAAAAAAAAUCUGUACAUUUCGAAGUACAGAUUGAGAUAUUGCAUUGUUUUGAAACAUGCAGCAAAAUGCUGUGAUCUGCAGAGUACUGUGAUCUGUUUCAAUAUAUGUAUAGAAACAAUGUAUGCUUCUGUGAGAAGCAUUUUUCCCCUUUGUAUCCGAGAAAUACUAGCUCUGUGAUUCUCCGGAUCUUUUCUUUUGUUACCUUUUUUGGUUCUCGAUUGUAGUUUGCUUAUUAGAGAAUCAAAUUUCUAAAAUUGUUGAAU